AUGGCGGCUCGGCUGCUGCGCGGCCGCUCCGCCAAGCUCAAUUUCCCCGGCGAGCGCCCGGCUCCCGUGGCGCUGCCACGUGGCACCGCCGAGGCGCUGCUCCGCGCGAGUAAAGAAGCGGCGAUCAAGCUGCAGCAGGUGGGCGGCGACGGCGGCGGCGGCGGCGGCGUCGGCGGCGCACAGCCGCAGAUUCGCGUGGAUUCGGGAGUGGAGCUGCGCGGACCAGGCAAGGAGGAACAAGGCGCACCAAGCGGCGGCGCCGCACAGAUGUCGAAAAAAAGCGGCGAGGAAGGCGAGCAAGCUGGAAGUGUGGGCCCAGCGGCAAUUCACAUCCCCCCCUCGGCGGCGGUCUCGAUUCUGCAGCGGGCUCUCGCGUCGGAGGGAACUUCGGCGCAUCAAGUCGCCAUGCCUACGCCCACGCCCAGCAGCGCGAGCCAUCAGCGCGUUUCCGCGUGCAGUUCCCCCGAUCCCUGCGGCAGCGACGACACCAGCAGCGCCAGCGCCGCGGCGGAGGAGCACAGCAGCGCGGCCGCGGCUAAGCACAAGCGCCGCCGGCCGUCAGCCGUUGCCCCCGCCACUGCCGCCGCUGCUGCUGCUGCUGCUGCCGCGGAGGCAGAGCCGUCGUCCCGGGGACGUCCGUGGAAGCGCGCUGCUUCGGCAGACGCCGCUUUGGAGCACUACACGCCGGCACAUGAUGGCACUGGCACAGCACCUCCGAUAAAAGCGAAUUUUCCCGCUUCUGCGUCGGCGCGAGAGGAUACUGCUGCUGCUGGGCAGGACUGCGGUGGCGAGGAGGAGGCUGCGGACCUAGCCAACCGCAGCCGCAGCGUGAGAGCUUCAGGCUCCGCCACUCGCUCGCCGUAUCAUCGCGCUGUUUCUUCGGAGCAGCGGACCCUCCGGGGGCGUCUCUCAUGUAGCGCUGCACCAGCGAUGCCAUGGGCGGCUGGUACCCCCAUGGCAGCAGCAGCGGCGGCGGCGGCGGCGGCAGUGGUGGCAUCGGAGCAGCUUCCGCCGGUGCCUGCGUCUGCUGCAGCUGCGGCAACAGGUUUGAGGCACACUGGAUCGCGCAUCGCGACAUCGGCGCCUGCAACCCCUGUGGGAGCCAUGGCGUUGGCAGCCGCCAAGAGUUCAUGGCAGGGACAAGCAGGCGAGACGGCACGUGUGCAGAGGCAGCAGCAGCAGCAGCAGCAGCAGCAGCAGCAGCGGCAGCAGCAGCAACAACAACAACAGAACAUCAGCUACUUGCAAAAGAGCAUCAGCAGGCGCAUGGAAAUUGACAGGGAAGGGCGGCUGAGCGAGCGGCGGGGAGUCUUUGACAGCAAACUGCGCCUCUCACUCCCCCCUCUGUCUCGACACACCAAGCCAAUAGUCUCUUCCACUGCUGCUGCCGACACUCCUACCUCUGGGAGAAUUCCUGCACCAGCACCCGCUGCUACCGUUUCCCCUGUUGCUACUGCUGCCGCUGUUCUCCCUGCCGACCCUGCACCAGUUACUGCUGACGACGGGAAUCAACUCAUGUGUGUUGAUUACAUGGAUGUCGGGCCGAUGGUUGAAGUGGAUGGAGAGGAGGCAAGCUGGGGAGAGUCUGAUGCAACUUUCAUUUUCCUCCAAUCAUCAUCCUCCUCUCCGCCUCGCAAUACCAUGUCGCCCGACCUCGAUAUUGCCACCCAGCAGCAGCUCGAGGCGCGUCAGGUCACCAUUCUAUCUAAGAUCGACCAACUCACUGAUCGCCUCGCCGCAAUCACCGCCGCGGCGCAGCGAAGCUGGCUCGAACCUUCCACAAGUAACGCCGCCUCCCGCGGCGUCCCUUCCGGGCACGCGUCGCAGGAAGGAAGCGAUGAUUUGAAGGAUAUGGAAGGUCCGCUGCCUGGUGACGUGGCGGCAGGGGAUGAGACCGCCACGCAGACGCGACUCGCAGACGCGAUUCGAGCGGGAGGUAUCACGCGAUUCCGGUUUCGGCGGGUGCCGUCGGAUUACUACGAUUGGACGCUGGAGGCGCGGCGAGACGUGCUUGGCGCUCCGUCCGUUGACCAUCUGUGCAAGAGCAUUGUCAUGACCAACACACAGGCGCCUGCUGACGUGGUGGACUGCAGCAAUCCGCGCUACUCCAAGUACUAUGUCAUUGUCAUUCAGUACUCAGCGCGGCUGAAUGCGGAGAAGGUGCGCAACUUCGUGUACGCACUCAAUGACGGCACCGUGCCAAGAAGCGCAUCAACAUGCGCCUUGCUCCUGAGGAGGACUCUAUGGCUCUCACCGGCUUCGAGCACAAUGCUGUGGCUCCCAUCGGCACCCGCACUCCCAUCCCGGUGA